AUGGAUGACAGUGGAGACUUGAGAGGACUGAGAAGCCAGCGGGUGGACGAUGACACGACGUGGACCUCUGCCUCCGAGGGCGUGGAGGAAGGGGAGGUAGAGGGGGAGACUCUCCUCAUUGUGGAGUGGGAGGACCAGGUCUCAGUGGACCUCUCCCAUGACCAGAGUGGAGACUCACUCAACAGUGACAUUGAGGAUGAAGGAGAUACCAGCUGGACUGAGGAGAUCUCCUUGUACUGUGACAAGUGUCAUAAAUGGAUACCUGCCGGCCAGCUUAGGGGAGAACAGCCCAGUUACCUAAAAGGCGACAACUUCUUCAAGUUUACCUGUGCUGACUGUGCAGAAGACGGCAAAGAACAGUUUGAAAGAAUGAGGCUGACCUGGCAACAGACUACUUUGUCCAACAGAAAAGGAUUUCAUCAGCCCGUGGGCACAUUUUGGCAUGGCUUGAUGGGGUCAGAUACAGAUGUAGACCCCUGCAUCAGCAGUCCAUACACAUCACGCACCCUGAAACCAUUCAUAAGACGUGACAGUGACAACAAACCUCCUAAAUUCUGCCUGCUGGCUGAAAUCCGGGCAUACCCCCACAGAAACGUUCCAGACUGGAGGCGCCUAUUAAUGGGAUCUAAAGAUAGCCACACCCAAGGUGGUAAGACGUGUAUGGGGAAGGAUGUUACUCUGCAUGUUUCUGCCAGCAAUCCUGCCAUGCUGUUAUACCAGAAAUUUGGGUUUAAGACAGAAGAAAACAUUUUGGACUGAUAAAUACUACCCUGUCAACAGCAAGGAGUGCAGGCAUGCAUUCUUUCUCAGGCUGUGUCGAUAAUGUGGUUCAUUGUCUGAACAAAUACCAUUACCUUGUGGGGAAAUGACUGUAGACAUGUUGACCAGGAAUGGGUAAAGUUGGCCCUCCCAGUCGAUGUCCAACAGCGUUCUAUGUUGUUUUAUUGAAACAAGCCGGAAUUGCCCCUCCCUAGAUGUAGACUGUUUUCUAAUGGUCAGAACUGGAACCAGUAAACACCAGGGAUUUCCUAGUGUAGUAACCAAGAGCAGACACACCAGCCCUUUGUUAGGAAUCUGGGUUAGAUUAGUCUCUAGUGGAAACAUUGCAUUGUUGAGCGGCGUUUGUUUAUCUGAAAAGGUAACAGUGUUUUAGAGAUGGGUUUGAAAUGUUCUUGUUCUUGUUUAAACAUACAGUACCGUAUUCCUUUGAAUUUAAGAUGCAACCCAAAUUUCACACCUUUAAGUUGAGGACAAAAUAAAACCUAAAAGAAAGAUGCAUUUACAAAGAUACAACCUCAGUUAUGCAUGUGGAGGCAGUUUGCGGCUGUGUGCUAUCACACACAGCAUUACAGUUAUGCGCCGCUUUCUCUCAUUUCCAGUCGUGAUUACUCACACCUGUUUAUCUUCUAAUUUGUGAACUGUGGUAUUGCUUGACAUGUCGAAAAAUACAGGGGUCUGAUCAGCAUUUCCGGUCUGUCCAAGCUGGUAUUGUUUGUUAGAAACGCAGAAAUUGUAAAAACUUCUCUUGGAAUUCCUCAGGAAGCUAAUGGCACUUCUUUGAAAAUGGUUGCUUGUUUGUCAUGGAUGAUUCAAGAUCGUGCUGUAACGUUUUGGUUAGUCUUUUCUCGGCAGGAAGUCGCGUUGCUGCUUUCGUAUUCGGCCGGUGACGUCUUUGCUUGUCUUCUCCGCAGUCAGUGACGUUGCUGUUUGUGUACUCGGGCAGUCACAUCUUUUGUUGGCGACUUUUUAAUACACCCAUCACUAUACUGUACUCAAAUUUAAGACUCAGGCUAUUUUUGAGAAGAAAAAAAUUGUUUAAAAAGUACAUAUUAAAUUCGAAGGAAUACGGUCUAUCGUUGAGGGUUAAGUGGCCAUUACUUCUCACCUGAAGAAGAGGCUGUUCUAGUCUCAAAAGCUAGGAUAUGUAUUUAAACAUAUUUUAGCUGAUCAUAGUAAAAACCUUGUUCAUAUUGUGGCAUAAUAGGAGGAGGAAAAUGUAGUCCUGGAGGAUACAGGACUACAUCCCCCAGAAUACCUUGUGGGCUGAUUGGCUAUUAAGCUAAUAAUGAGGGACACCUGCAUGUAAUUCAAGCAGCCAGGUGUAUAUAAGCAUGUGAGAAAUCUUUGUUAGUUGUCUGUAUGAAGGCAAGGACCUGCAGAUAGACCUGUGAGGGGGAACCUUACAAAAAGGUAUUUAAUACUUGUGUAAGGGUUGGUUUUAGUGACCGGUACAUGGCUCGCCACCCGGUAGUGACACAGGGAUCUUGCAAAGUUUAGUUAACAUUCCUAGGUGGAGUUAGGCUUUUGUUUUGUUUAUUUUGUUUAGGUUUGUGAAAAUAAAUAUACAGGCACCACCCUGUUUUUGAACCCAUCUGUUUUAAGUGCUGUUCAUAUUUUACACAAGACAUGUUUUAAAAACCUUUUCUUUCAUGUGAGAUUUUUUUAUAUAUAAUCUUCUUUUGCUCAUCAGCAAAUUUACUUGCAAAUAAAUGAAUAACACCUAUAUAGAUAAUAAAA